UAUCUGGGAUAUCCAACGGCCUAUAUUACAUCAGAUACCCAUAUGUAAUCAUCGCAUAGCCACUGACACUCACGAUCUCGCUAUCUUGCGCCUUCUUGCACAGUCGUCUCUCUCUAGGGUUUGCUGUUCUACAAAGCUUCUCUAACUAGCGAAGAUGGUUCUUCCAAACGAUAUUGAUUUGCUCAAUCCGCCUACUGAGCUCGAGAAGAAGAAGCACAAGCUCAAGCGUCUCGUGCAGUCGCCCAACUCCUUCUUCAUGGAUGUGAAGUGCCAGGGUUGCUUCAACAUAACCACUGUGUUCAGUCACUCCCAAACAGUUGUGGUAUGUGGGAACUGCCAGACGGUGUUGUGCCAACCAACUGGUGGGCGUGCCAGACUUACCGAGGGAUGCUCUUUUAGGAGAAAGGGAGAUUAAUGAUGGUUUUGGUAUACACCGGUAAUUUACUGGUUGAGUUGUGUGUUGGUUGGUUUAGAUUUAAAAAAAUGUGGCCGGUUUAUGUUUGGUUUUUGAUGUGUAAUUUUGUUGGUUAGGACCAAGUUUUGGAUCUAUAUGACUAUGUUUAAUCUUCUAUCAAAACUUUUCUGUUGAUGCAAUGAAAUAGUCUCCUGUUUGAAACUUUCGGUUA